CCACAAGACACUUCCUGCUCCAGACUUUUUAAGCAACCAGGGCUUUUGAGAUGGCCCAGGCACCAACUGUCAUCAUGACUCAACCUGGAUUUGUUCGUGCUCCUCAAAAUUCAAACUGGCAGACAAGCCUGUGUGAUUGCUUCAGCGACCGAUGAGUCUGCCUCUGUGGGACGUUUUGCCUUACAUGUCUUGGGUGUCAAGUGGCAGCCGACAUGAAUGAAUGCUGUUUGUGUGUGUCAACAGUGGCAAUGAGGACUCACUACAGAACCCGAUAUGGCAUUCCUGGAUCUAUUUGCUCUGUGUGCCAAAUCAAGAGAGACAUUAACCGGAGGAGAGCCAUGAAUGCUUUCUAAGGAGCUGGAUGGUGAGAGCUCUCACUGAAGCAGCUGAA